AUACAAACCAAACCAAAUUGGAAUCUUGUUGUUUUAGAAUAAACCUAACAAAAAAGUAUUUCUUAAUGGCUAAACUUCCGCCAAAGGAGAAGAAAACAAAAAACAUAACCCGUGAAGAACUUCUUAAUUUGGAUAAAAAUGACUUAGUUGAUAAAAUAAUACAAUUAGAAGCUCAUAAUUCACAAUUGAAAAAUAUUAUAAGCAAGAGAGGCAAUGGAGAUGAGAUGAUUUCUAGUGCAGAAGUUAACAAAAAGCAAUUUGAUUUUAAAAAAUGUCACUUCAGGAGAGUACUUUUAAGAAUAUUAUAUUUUGGUUGGAACUACCAAGGUCUGGCAGUGCAGGAGGAUACAACACAAACAAUAGAACAUCAUUUGUUUCAUGCUCUGACUAAGUCAUGUUUAAUAGAAAAUCGAGAAUCAUCUCAGUAUCAUAGGUGUGGACGAACUGAUAAAGGUGUCAGUGCUUUCGGUCAGGUCAUAUCAAUAUCCCUUAGAAGCAAGCAUUCUUCGGACCAACAGAAUACUCCAGAGUCCAUAAAUUCAGAGUUGCCAUACUGCAAGACUUUGAACCGCCUUCUGCCAAAAGACAUUCGUGCGGUAGCAUGGAUGCCAAUACCUGAUGAUAAACCUGAUUACAGUGCCAGGUUUGAUUGCAAGAAACGUCAGUACAAAUAUUACUUCCCACGAUCAAAUCUCGAUUUAGACAAGAUGAAAGAAGCCUGCCAUAGUAUCAUUGGUUUGAAAGAUUUCCGAAAUCUGUGCAAAAUGGAUGUUGGAAAUGGUGUUACAGAAUUUUAUCGAGAGAUAUUUAAAGCUAAUAUUAUUCCCAUGGAUAAUAAUGACAAAGAUAAACCUACAUCUAUGUACUGUCUGCAAAUAGAAGGAAACGCUUUUCUUUGGCAUCAAAUAAGAUGUAUUAUGGGCUUAUUACUGCUCAUUGGGGAAGGUAAUGAAGAACCAGAUGUUAUUUCCAAAUUAUUGGAUGUUGAAAACUAUCCAAGAAAACCACAAUACAACAUGGCGUUGGAUCUUCCAUUGAAUCUAUAUAACUGUUCCUAUGAUUUAGAGGACUCCAAUGAAUGGAUUUACGAUUUUAAUGAACUCAAGUCUGUUAUAAAAAUUCUGCAAAGCGAUUGGACAAUACAUAGUAUAAAGUCAACUAUGAUUAUUGAUACUCUUAGGCAAUUAGAGCUUGAAUAUAGUAAAUUAAGUGAAAAAAAGGAAGAAGAUAUUAAUAAGAAAGCUAAAGUGUUGGCUUACACUGACUGUUUACUGCAAGGCGUUAAAUCGAAGGUUUACACACCUUUACUAAAGAGAGAAACAUGUACAAGUUUAGAAGAAAAAAUAGAAUACUAUAAGAAGAAA